AUGCGGGGCCCGCUCCACUGGCUGGUGGUCUGUCUGGAGGCAAAACAAAAGAAAGACAGACAGACACACAGACACAGGACAAAGGAAGGCAAGGCAAGGAAAAAGGUGGCGUCUUUCCUUCUCCCCGCACUCCGUCUGUACGCACUCUCGCCUGCCGUCAUCGCCAUGGUCUCCUCCCCGCCGCCGCCGGCCUCCGCUACCACCGACGACGACCGCUACCAAGGUACCGCCCCCUCUUUCUUCUCCGACAAGAACGAGGCCGGACGCAUCAUCGGCAAGGCGGGGUCCCACCUCCGGCGCCCGCAUCACGCUCUCCGGCUGGGGACCGCCGCGUCGUCUUCCUCUCCGGCCCCGUCAUGGACGCCGCCGACCUCGUCCUCAACAACAUCCUCUCCUCUCCUCUCUAGUGUAGAAAAAAAAGGGAGAAUGUUGCAUUCAGGAAGGGAAGAUGGAGAUGGAGAUGGAGAUGGAGAUGGAGAUUUGUGGUUGUAGAGCAGGAAGGGAAGGAGAUGUUGCAUUCACUUGUGUGAAGUGAUAUGUAUGUAAGUGAUGUCCCUGAUCAUGAACCUACCUAGAAUGUUUUGUAUGCAUGUAUUUUUCUAUUCUAUCAGUGCGUUGCCUUGUGCACUCGGAUGCAACAUAGUGCUACUGGCCGAACUAUACUAUCCAUGUCUUUGAUAAUUAGCGGUAUGUAGUUGUUGGUGGCUUGUAGGUGUGUAACAUAGAUGUAUAUAUGUUACUCUUGCUUAAAUGUAUAUAUAUGAAACUUUUAUGUGGCG